CUCAUUGGUUAAGAAAUACAGUGGGCGGGGCUCCAGGAUUGAGUAUUUAAUGCUUUGUUCCAUUGUUGCAGAGUGUGUUUUCCAGCUGGUCUGGCUCAGGAGGGGGAGGACCUACUCACUGAGGAUACCAUUGCACUUCUUCUUCUUUUUUUUUUUUUACAAUCAGAUUUUUUUGUUUGUUUGUAAAGAUGUCUUUUUCUUGCAAUCACUCUCUGGACGGCAGCUAUCCCCCGUCUCCAGCGGAGGACAGGGAUUCAAAGCGGCUGUCCUGGGGCAGUCUGCUGCAGAGGCUGACUGAGCUGAAGGGGAUCAACCAGAAGGUCCCGGCAGAUCAUCAGUGCAGCAGGAGUGAAACUGGAUCUGUGGCAGACAUGUCCCUGUCAGAAGACAGCAGUUUCCUCUGUUAUCCCCUGGAGGAAACCUUGGCUACAGAGGUUGUAGCAACUGUGACACAAAGUCUCAACAAUGCAUCGCACAUCCUGGGCUGCUCCAAACUCAUCUUACCUGACUGCCUACUGCACAAUAUCAGCCAAGAGCUGCUCCACCUGGCUGUCAGCGAGCCUUGCGGCCUCAGGGGAGCACUCAUUGACCUCUGUGUGGACAGGGGGGACCAGGACUCACUAUGUUCUGUGGACCAAAUAGCAGUGGAUGCGACCUUGGUCCCGACCUUUCAUGUGACCCUGGUGCUGAGGCUCGAGUCCAGUGGACUGUGGCCAAAGGUUCAGAAGCUCUUCAAUGGUAGCAAGUCACCACAGACCUUUACAAGGCACCAAAACACUCUGAGGCUGAGUACGAGCUUCAGGGCCAUCAAGAGAAAACUUUAUUGUUCAGGGGAGCUGCUGAUUGAGGAGUGCUGCUGACCAAGCUCUCCUGCCCCUGAUAAACUGAAUUCAUGUACUGUGAAAAGAGCCUGCUAGGUUAAACAUUGUCUUUUUUUAGACAAUAACUUAUGGCUCCAACACGUCAAAUGGCACUGACAAGAUGGUCCUGAAAUACUGCGUACCUGUCUGUUUGUUGGUGUAUUUCUUGUGUAUCAGGGUUUCCCUGGAACCAACUUAUGUCUCACUGCAGCUACUCACCUGGUUGCAGGUGACUCAAUGGGGAAGACUCAUGUUUGAACAUGGGUCAGUUUCUUUCCUGUGAAUGUAAAGUCCCACUCUUACGGGAUUGGCUUAUGUAUUUGAUAGUCAAAUAUUACCUGAAACGUGUGUGUUUUGUAUUUUUAACGACUUGAACAUGAACAAAUAAAUCAUUUUCUAUUAA